GGUAAAACCAGACUCCGAACCAGAUGUCAGUCCACCAUUACGCUCGGCAUUCCCGAACGGUGGGAAACAGCGAGUUAUCAUUAUGAAAAACCCCCUUUUGAGUGCCUGACGGAGAUAUUUAAAUCGGAAUGCAGUCGGGCACAGCGGACCAAAGCUAUGGAGACUCUGUGGGUUCAGCCACUGGUUCAGUGGUGCAGGUUUGCUUCCCCAGCGUGCAGACAUCAGUGCUGGACAGCCUUAAUCGGCAGCGUGAAGAAGGCCAUCUCUGCGACCUCUCCAUCCAUGUUCAGGGCCAGGUGUUCAAGGCCCACCGGUGUGUGCUGGCAGCAUCGUCACCAUACUUUCAUGACCAGGUGCUGCUGAAAAACAUGUCCACCGUCUCCAUCCCGGCCGUCAUGGACCCCCUGGCCUUUGAGAGCGUCCUCAGUUGUGCGUACACUGGCCAGCUGCGAAUGCUCCGUGAAGACAUUGUUAACUACCUCACCGUUGGCAGUGUGCUUCAAAUGUGGCACAUUGUGGACAAAUGCACUGAGCUUCUCAGAGAGGGCAGGGGAGGUUCCAGUGGACCUCAGGGAUCCGGAGACAAGGAGAAUACAGGACACAGUGGCGACGGCGGCGGCAACAAGGUUGUCCAAGCUGAUGGAGGUGAAGCACCUUCUACUCCUCAACCUCCCAGUCGACCUUCCUUCAGCGAGAGCCAGUCUCCGAGCAGCACCAAUUACUUCAGUCCUAGAGACGCAAACUUUGGCGGGGCCAUGGUGACAACCGGAGCAGUAGGAGAGGGUGCCGUACACUCCACCCCGACCUACUGUAUGCCCUCCGGUGCAGAGGAAGGUUUCAUGAUUGAAGAUGAAGAAGACGACGACGAUGAGCUCUUGUUUCCCAGGAAAAGUGAUCGUGGAGGCAAGCGUAAGGGCUCGACCUCAGUCUCCGAUCAAGAGGUUGGGGUUAGCGACAGCUUUGGAGUUUCGUCGUAUCAAGACGGAGAUUCCUCACCGACCCAGAAGCGGCCGUCGUACAGUCAGCCGAGCAUCAUGCCCAGAAAACAGUGUGUGGUGAAGACGGAGCACUCGAGAGACGACGACCUGAUCGUGGUGUCGGGAGGAGAGGAAGGAGGCGACGACGAAGAGGAACGAGAGAUGGAGAUAGUCAGAGAGAGGGACAGGACAUUUAACAUAUCGAACGUUAGGACCCUCUCUGGAUUUAGAGAAAAUGCUGAAAUGGAGGCACAGGUUGACUAUUGCCAGUCCUCGGAAGACUACCUCAAGUUUGAGAGGGGGUUGAUUGACCAGACAUCCUCUCAAAACCCUCCUGAGAAUCCUGGUCAAUGCCCCAACAGGGCCGUAUCUGCCCUGCUCAGCUCGGUUCAGUCGACGGCCGCCAGAGCUCAGCUCUUCCCCCUGGAUAUGCAAGGAAACCAGAUUCUUCUGUACAAUCAAGCCGCCAUGGAGUCUACAUCUCCAUUGGGGCUCGCAGGAGGAAUGUCCGGGGUGUCUCUAAAAGGAAGCCUCGAGCACGGAGCGGUCCACUUACCCAGCCAAGGUGCGUUGGGUAGCGGGAUGGAAGGAUUAGACGGUGGCAUGGCUGGCAAUUCAGGAAAGGUCUUCAUGUGUCAUUGCGGGAAGACCUUCACACACAAAAGCAUGCGGGACCGCCACAUCAACAUGCACCUGGACUUGCGGCCCUUCCACUGCCCCGUCUGCGCAAAGAAGUUCAAGAUGAAGCAUCACCUCACAGAGCACAUGAAGACCCACACCGGUCUGAAACCCUACGACUGCCACGGCUGCGGGAAGAAGUUCAUGUGGCGCGACAGCUUCAUGAGGCAUCGCUCACACUGCGAGAGACGCAGCAAAGCAGACGGAAGAGCAGGAUCUGAAAGAUCGGUCAUCUCUCCGCCACAUCACCUGAAGUACCCAUCGGCUAGCGAGCACAGUCAAGGUAGCGUUGGCAACAGAAGUGGGAUUCCUGUUUUGUCUCCGCAACAUUCCAUUAGCAGCAACGGCGUCUCGUGUCUCAGCAUGGCAGCACCCGGGUCUCUUCUAGGAAUCAGUUCUCAAAGUGGGCCGCACAGCCUUGGGUCUGGCGUUCUUGGCAUUGGUGGUAAUCGUAGUGGGGGUGCAGAGGAAGUCUGUGAGGGUACCGUUGACGAAAGCAGCGUUACAUAGGUCUUUCCUCCCAAGUCCACCGUACCCACAAAACCUGAACACUUGUCUUUGGUUACAAAGGGACCACGUGCACAAUUGUCUGAUUCUUUACCUCAUGUCGGUGAGUGCGCCAUACAAGAUGUCCCAUGUGUGCAACGACCAAGUGCCCAUUGUUAGCUCACGUAUGUAUCUACUUAAAGACCAGGCUGCUAUGGUGACUGUCAAAACCGUAUUCCGGCCAGGAUUAUGGUUCAGUCGUGAUCACGUUCAAGCUGCCUCACUAGCACAGAACAUUUGUUCACGGUUGCUCUGAAGUGCCAUUCUGUUAUGUUGUACGAUAUUAUGUUGUACAGAGUUGUACAUUACUGUAAAUCAUUUGGUCCGUCUUGAUGUGAAGUUUUAUUGUACUCACUCAACUAGAUACAGUAUAUUCAUUUUUAAAGGUUGGUAGAACUUUAUUUUAGUGUC